CAUUGUCACACCACUCAGCUCCCUCAGACCUACACUCAUGGGCUCACUCGUGGUCAGAUCUGGGUAUAAAACUUGUCCCAGUGAGACUGGGGGAGCUACUUUUCUAUUUUCCUCUGAGGACACCAGAUGAACUCACUUGGAGUGGAUGUAUAACAAAACCAAAGAAUACUCUCGUGACACAUUUUUCUCAGUGUGGUGGAUAACAACCAAGGUCUAGAGGUCAGGCACGGACAGGACAUGGGCUCGACACAUCACGCAAACCCCCGAGGGCAGUGGUCGAGCAAAAUCGAGUUCCUCCUGGCUGUCGCAGGACAGAUUGUGGGCCUGGGGAAUGUGUGGCGCUUUCCCUACCUCUGCUACAAAAAUGGAGGCGGAGUUUUCUUCAUCCCUUACGUACUUUUCCUCUUCACCUGUGGUAUCCCUUUGUUUCUGCUGGAGACAUCUAUUGGCCAGUACACCAAGCAGGGAUCCAUCACCUGCUGGAAGAAAAUCUGUCCACUAUUUGAAGGAUUAGGUUAUGGCAAUCAAGUGGUUGUUUUGUACUCCAGCAUCUAUUACAUCGUCAUCUUAGCCUGGGCGUUCCUGUAUCUCUUCUCCUCCUUCACUUCUGAACUUCCGUGGGCAAGCUGCAGGAACAGCUGGAACACAGAAACCUGUGUGGAGUUUGACAAACGGCUGGAUUAUUUUAACAAAACCUUUGUGGAAAAUGCAACAUCGCCCGUGAGAGAGUUUUGGGAGAGAAGAGUACUGAAUAUCACAGGGAGUAUCGGGGAGAUGGGAAAUAUUCGAUGGGAUUUGACUCUGUGUCUUCUGCUGUCCUGGAUCAUCUGUUACUUUUGUGUUUGGAAAGGAGUGAAGUCGACUGGGAAGGUCGUUUACUUUACUGCAACUUUUCCAUACGUGAUGCUCGCUGUGCUGCUUGUUCGUGGACUGACGUUGCCUGGAGCUAUAGAUGGGAUCCAGUUUUACCUUUACCCUGAUCCAUCCCGCCUUACUGAUCCACAGGUGUGGAUGGAUGCCGGCACACAAAUAUUUUAUUCCUAUGCCAUUUGCAUCGGUUGCCUAAUAGCACUGGGCAGCUACAAUAAGUACAACAAUAACUGCUACAAGGAUUGUGUAUAUUUGUGCCUUCUGAACAGUGGAACCAGUUUUGUUGCUGGUUUUGCGAUCUUCUCUGUCCUGGGUUUCAUGGCCUACGAGCAGAACAUGGACAUAUCYAAAGUGGCCGAAUCAGGACCUGGCUUGGCGUUCAUCGCUUAUCCUCGAGCAGUCGCCAUGAUGCCUUUCCCUCAGCUCUGGGCGGUCUUCUUCUUCAUUAUGAUCAUCCUCCUGGGAUUAGACAGUGAGUUUGUAGGUCUGGAAGCUUUCGUAACAGGAAUUUCUGACUUGUAUCCUGCCUUCUUCCACGUCGGUCAUCGGCGUAAACUUCUUCUUCUGUUCGUCUGUGUUCUGAGUUUCUUCAUAGGUCUUGUUAUGAUGACAGAGGGUGGGCUGUACAUCUUUCAGGUGUUUGACUACUACUGCUGCAGUGGGAUGACUUUGCUCCUCUUUGCCAUUCUGCAGUCUGUGUGUAUUGGAUGGGUGUAUGGAGCUGAACGGUUUUAUAACAACAUAGAGGACAUGAUUGGAUACAGGCCGAUAUCUGCUAUUAAGUACUGUUUAAAAUAUGUAACUCCAGUGAUUUGCAUGGGAACAUUUAUUUUCUCCUUGGUGAAGUAUUCUCCUCUGAAGUUCAACAACACCGUUGAGUAUCCAUGGUGGGGUUACGCUCUUGGCUGGGUCCUCACCCUCUCCUCAACCCUCAUGGUUCCCCUCCGGAUGCUGUACAAUCUGUGCACCACUCCUGGAACGCUGCAGCAGAGACUCUCAAUCUUGUGCACUCCAUCCGAAGACCUCCCUCUGACCAAACCAGAAAAGAAAGCUCUUGAACUUGUAGGGGGAAAUUGUUAAUUAUUGAAAAGUAGCUAAAUCCUAAGUUUCUCGUAACUCAUUAGCAAGAAAGCGGGGCACCACCUGUAAAUAACAGGAAAUUAAUCUCGUAAUUUUACUCAAUCUCACGUACUGAAGAGCAGAAUUCUUUUCAGUUUAGACKGCAAACCGAAUAAAGAAAUGCACACACGAGCAUGGAAAUUUCACAAUAUACCCUGUAUAAGUGAUUCAGAGGUAACAAUACAGACGGAUUAUUUGGGGCAAACAGAAACACCAUUAUUAUCACGACCUUGUUGUUUAAUAAUAACGUGACAUCAUCACCCUAUAAUCACCUCUAGCAUUAUUCAAACUGAACCACUUCUAACUAUUUCUACACUAGCAAAAUAAAUGAAAGCUUAAAGCACAACUAAGUAAUUGUUAUAAAGGUGAACUAUAAAGGGACCAAGUUAUGUGGGAAGAACACGACUUGCGUUAAUUGUCAAUUGAUUUUUAUUCAUAGUAGAGAGCACACACACGCAAGCUGCCAUGGAGUUCAGCGUGSCUUACCGGAGCAGUCUUCAGACCUCUUGGGUACCUUGUAACGGUUUUAGGUCAACAGCCUUGUCUUACCUCCGGUUGACUGUUCACCCUGGACUGGCAGACAAAGUCCCGUUUAGAUAAUCUGGUGCUCCCAUAGGGUGGCAAACCUUUCAGCUCACGCGACAGUCGACACACUUCACAGCUCGGCUGGGUCCUGACUU